AUGACAAAAGAAUUAAUAAAUGAAGUUAAUAACAUAAAACAACAAAUAGAAUUAUUAAAAAAAGAAAUGAAAGACCAAUCAUUAAUUACAAGACAAAUGUUAUGGUUUGGUGAUUAUAGUUUUUAUAGUGAACAUUUAGUAUUUGAUAAGACAACUCUUACUAUCAGUUGUCCAAAAAAUGUAAAAGUAUCUUAUUGUAAUAUUAUUUUAUAUAUCCCAAUUAAAAAAUUCACUGUUCGAGUAUUAAAUGGUAAUGUAUGUAUUGGAUUUGUAACUGUUAAAGAACCAAUUGAUUUAAAUAGAGCAGUAAAACCAUCAUUAUUACAUGUAUUAUAUUAUGAUGGAGUAUAUAUGGGAGAUGAUAGGUCUCUUCAAAGAUCAUCAUUCGGUUUACAAGAUGGAGUUAUCACUGUUAGUUAUAAUGAAAAAACUAAAUUCAUUACUUUUCAAUGUAAUGAUGUUGAAGAAAAAGGAUUUAAAGGAGUUGAAGAAAAUAAUUUAUAUCCACUUCUUUCAUUUAAACCAGACACUGUAGUACAAGUAUUAUAA